CCCCACAAACCAGGACAACGUUAGGUUCCAGGCCGCCUAGCUGCCAGUUGGCUCUGUGCUCGUGUCCCUCGUGGUCGAUCCUCACACCCUCCUGUAUCCACACUGGUCCGCCACUCCCUGCACCACCGUACUCUUCUCGCUAUCAUCACCCACGCCCUACGCCACCCACCCCCACCCUCCCACGACAAUGGUCAACUGAAAACUUUCCUAAGUGUGUACAUAUUACUCGUAACAUCUCCAAAUUUCAUUAUAAAUCUCCUAAAAAAUAUACAAAAUCUAUAAAUGUGACCUCUAAAGAAAGACCCGCGGAAAUAGUAUGCGUGUGGACCAGCCGGCAGUAAAACAAGUGAAAGCUUCUUGUAAACAAAAGGGACGCAGUGUAUAAACCCGGGAAGGUGGAGGUCCCCCCCAAAACAGCGCGACACAACACCAUCGCUGCCGUUAUGGAUCACCUUUCGCGGUGAAUGUACUGGGAUCGUCGACCGUAGUGAGGGCCAAGACACGGUAUCCCCUUCAUGCAACAGUCAGAGUGAACUUAACAUGAACAGCGUUCGGAAACUUAGCAGCUGGAGCAGGUAAAACAAAAAUUAACAAAUGUUCCAACAUUAACUUGCUCAAGAAAGAAAGACACCUUAAUGACACAGAAGAAACUUAAUACUUUUUUAAACAUCAGAGCUCAUAUACAAGUGAUCUCUUUAAAGUAAAUAUAACAAAAUAAUGGAAUAACGAAAUUUGAAGUCCAUACAGAUCUAGAAUAAGAGGAGUUAGGUCUUAGAUCUAAUCCAAGUAACAGUAACUGAGGAAGACCAGUAACAGAACAUGAGUUUCAUCAGUGGAGGGAUGGUUGGUGCUGUCAGGGUAUAUCCAUCCCAAGGUCAAUGUCUCACUUUGACUUACUACCUAACAAACUAGAGCUUCCUAAUACUGCACUGAUAGAUGAAUGGUUUUUUUUACCAAUAGCUACAUAAUGACAAUGAGACGAAAACAAAAUUAUCAAAUUCACUGAUCUUUAUGACCGUUGUUUAAAUUUAUAAUCAAAACUGGGAUUAACAUCAGUCAUAACUGUGGGCUCAAUAGUGAUUUGCUCAAAGUGUCUAAGCACCACUCAGCAAAAAGUUCUUCCAGUGAUAGAGUCAGAUAGAACUGGUAUUCAUGGGAACAAUAAACCUUAGUUGCUGAAAACACCCUCUAAAAAAUUCAAUAACCAUAACAAGAGAACUGGUAUUCCUCGAGCUAAACAAAAGAUAAAUAUGGUAGUGAUACAAUUAAAAGUCACUAAAGAAAUGAGACAACAUGAGCCACAAGGCGUGAUGCACCCAUAAUAAGCAGUUGUGAUCAAUUGCAAUCAAACUGGCUGCACUAGUAAACACAGUCUACAGGCAAGAUGGCAGCAACUACACCCGAGAAGCCAAGUUCCUCCAAGCCUGCCACUCCAUCCUCUGCCUUCUCCUUUCUACGAUACAUGCAAAAGAUGAAACCAGCAGAUCUCUCGCCUCGUAACAACGAACUAUCAAGCCAAGACAGCUCUUUGGAUAAUGAGGAGGGAGGUGGGCAGAAGACUCUCAACAGUGCCCUGGGUUCGUCUCGGGGCCGCCAGGGGUACUGUACCAGAUGUGACAACUGUUCUUCUGACCCACACCACACGCACCUUCAGAGUGACAUCGACUCUCCGAGGCUGGCGACUCAAGAAAACAACAACAACACUACCAGCAAUAACACUGCCAACAAUAACAACAACGUCGGUGUCAAUAACAACAUCAACAACAAUAACAACAGUAACACCUCCAACAUCACCAGCGGGAGGGGGGUGGGGACUAGUGACAGCGAGGCGGAAAGCGACGCGCCUGCCGGCACCAUGACUCAAGAGACAAAGAAGAGAAACUCUCUAGCGCCCACGAGUGACGGCGUGGAGUCCCCUCACGACGUGGAUCUGAUGGAGGUCAUCAAGAUCCCGGAGGUGAGCACCAGGAGGUCGGUGGUGGAGGUGUUAUCGCAGGUGGUCAAACUUGAGAGAUCGUCGUCGUCUUCGGCAUCGGAACCGACAAGGACGCCUGAGGCCCCAGACAUCGUGACGUCAACAACUAAAGGGCGAUCGAGGAAGGUGGCACUGCCGAAGAGGACUGGAAGCGAAGAGCAGCGAGGAGCCGACGUGAACACUCUGGCCAUACUGUGUCAACACUACGCACAGCUCGUCCAAGCACUCAAGGAGGAGAACUACCUGCUGUCGUGUGCUCGGAGUCCUCUGCCGGCCACGCCCAGAAGCGGUCUACGGGGCGUUGUGGGGGAGGCUGUGGCGCGGACACACCUGGGUGGUAGCGGCGGGAGGAGUAAGAGCACCAAGACUGUCUUCAACUGGGACUCAGAGUACAUCCAGAACUACGAACAAAAUCGUCCCACUGGGGUGGUGAGGGAGGAGGGGGACUCGGCCACAAUCAUCAAUGAGAACAGUAAACUCAUCUCAGAUCUCAGGAUGCCAAACUCGCCUAAAAGUUUCAAGGUACAGAGAAGUUCUUCAAGAGCGAGGGAUCAGCUCAAUAACAAUACCAAGUCCCCGAGACAGAGUCCAGCUAGGGUUCAGGACGACGAAGCCGAGAUCCCCAGCCCAGCGAGUGAUAUCCUCCCCAAGGAAAGAAAACAUUGGAACCUCAAGCCUUUACGAAACACGGCGAGUAAACACAAGAAAGACUCAAAACACUGGAGAAAAGGUUCAUUUAGCUUGUUUAAGGAAUCAAAAGAACCGGAGAAACAAGACACGGAGAAUGAGAAUGAAUCCCCAGUCCUGAGAAGCCAUGGCACCAGCCUCCAGAACCCGACGGUUGGAGUCUUGUCCACCAAGAUCAAUGACAUGGAGGUCAAGAUCCAGGAAAUACUCAAGCUGGAGCCUAUUGACCUUAUAAUGAGGGAGAACAGUCUGGACAGAUCACCGGCCAGGUCACUAGGAUGUGGGGGCAGUCUUAGGAGGUCAGCCAGUGUGGGCCAGAGAGGCAACUUCUACCGCCACGCCGUCAGGAACUCUCGCAAGGACCAGCGUCACCAGGACAUGUGUGACUCUGAUGAGGACGGGUCGAGGCGGUGGUGUGGUGGUGGCGUUGGCAACGGUAGCAGUGGUGGUGGAGGAAGUAGCAGCGCUGGGUGUCAGUACCAGGCCCUCGCUCAGGCUGCCCACGUCGAGGUAGACAAGCUGAGGCAACUGGUCCAUCUCCUCAACUUUAGGCUGACAGAGCUCAGUGGGAGAAUGCUAGAGGCAGAGGCAAGACUGAGGGAGGAGCAUCAGCGAGCAGCCAUCAUGGAGAGAUGCUUGGAACGUCGCUCCCUAGAAUCCAGCCUCAACCCAGGUGAGGGAGGUGGGUGGCGAAGCAGCAGGUCGCCACGGCACAGUGGUGAAGGAGGCAGCAGAAGACAUGGGCCCUCACUCAUGGCCUGGGGUGAUGCUGCCACUGAGAACCUCCUCAGGAACAAAGUGGAUAUGGCCAGGGAGGAAAUCGAGCUCCUGCGGCAACAUAUUGACCUUCUCCUACGUAUGCGUCAAGAGGACCUCAAAGUUUACGAGUCGACAGUGGACAAAUUCCGACACACAAUAACCUCAGGUAGCCAAUGGUAGAGAUACCAGUCUCAGGAAGUGAGUGAAAGAGCAAGCCUUGGACAAAAUACUCUGUGUCAAUGAAAGAGUAAACCUUUUGGAUUAAACAGUCAGAAAAUCUGUGGAAGAAUAAACCUUAUGGAAGUAGUACAGUACAGUGUAUAGUAAUACUGUACAGUAGUGUCAGAAAGUCAGCAGAAGAGUAAACCUUUUGGACGUUUAGUGUGUGAAAAAUUGAACAUUUUUAACGUAGUAUUGUUAGAAAGUCUUUGGAGAAAUAAACCUCUAAGAAACUGGUCCUGGAUGUCAAUGGAAUAGUGGAUCUUUGACACAAAAGUUGCAAGUACUGAAAUAGGUGGAAAAGCAGCCUUGGGUCAUGGUAGCCUUAGGGAGCCAGCCAGUGGUAGAACUCAAAUACCAAAGUUUCAGGCAGCCAGUAAUGCUUCAACACUCCCAGGGACAUGAAAACUACAAGAAUCUAGUGAUAAGAAAGCCCUGCAGCUCCUUGGGUCCUAGCUAUGUGCUCUGUAAAUGUGCCUACAUCCAGGUUGUAUAUUCAGGGUGAACUGUGGACAGUGAUAUGGGAUCAAAAAAGAUAUUUUCCACUAAAGAAAGGUACAGGAAAUUUUCCCCAAAAAUUUAAGUACUGUUCAGGUAACGUAAUUACCGUUUGCCCAUUUAUGCUGUGUAUUGUGUCUGACAUGACUUGAAUUUUUUAUCCAAAUUAAUUUUUAUCAUAAAAAAAACAUGUUAUUUCCUGAAAACCUCUGCAGUCGCACAAACAUACAGGCUACUGAUUAACGCAGUAGUAAAAGAAAUGUAGGUAGAUUCAGCAGUCAAGGAAGAAAAAUGGUGUUGAACUCUGCUUGUUUAUGUCAUGACAACAGUUCCCAAGUUGUUGCUGGUGGUGAGCUGCAGGACUGGUUGCUGCUACCACUUGUUCGCUCUCCUCCUCUCAUCUGCAUACAGUAUAGUGAAUAAUUACAUAGAAUUAAAUUUUUUUUACUAAUUUAUAAAUAUGAAUUAUGAGGAUAAAAUAAUUCUUUUUUCAAGGUCGUUUGUAGGCGUACAUGCCAAAAAGUAUAUGGGUGAGUUGGUCGACAGAUAACACACUUAACAUAAUUUAAUAUUACCGUUGUUAGUUGAAAAAAAUCUCGUUAACAGAUCAGUUAUAUUAUAUAUUUAGAUAGUAAAACAAAACCCUACUGCCAUUUAAUUUCUCAUUUUGCAUUGUUUACCAUUAAUAUAUUUGUUUUACAGAGUGCAUGAUUGAGCGCUUUAUUUAGUUACCAACACAUGUAGGCUGAAAAGUGACUGGGUCAAUAUGACAGUGUACUACAGUAUUAAACACGUAUAAUAGAAAAUAAUAAAAAGUCAUACACAA